UUUCCCCACCGAAUGCCCUCACGUUGAUGCCUCCUCCUCUUCCUGUGUAACGAGAUGGGUGAACUUUACAAGAUUAGCUCCAUAGAAUGGAAACCUUCACCUGUAAUAGCUCUAGCCAACAGCGUUGAUGGCUUGCGUGUUGCCGCAGCUCGCCAAGAUGGCUCACUAGAACUCUGGCUCGUCUCUCCGGGCUCCAUCGGUUGGCACUGUCAACUGACUAUUCAUGGAGACCCUAACAAAAGAGUAUCGUCACUUAUUUGGUGCCCUGGUGGCUCCAUUGAAAUGCCAUGUGGUCGCUUAUUUUCUUCCAACAUAGAUGGCUCCAUUUCUAGAUGGGAUCUUUUCCACUUGAAACAGACGACUGUGCUAGAUUCAGAUGGUGUGUCAAUCUGGCAAAUGGCUGUGACGCCGCCUAAAAGUUUCGUAAUAAAUGAUGUAAUGAAUGGUGAUCAUUUGGGGAACGGAUAUGCAAGUAAAUUCAACAAAUCUGAUGAGCACGGCGAGACAAGUGAGAGUGCUGAAGAUUCUGAUUCACCAGAUCCUCUCAAGCAAUCUGUUAAUGAGUAUCCACGUGUAGCAAUUGGUUUGGAUGACGGAUGUGUGAGAAUUUAUGCUAUCUCUGACACGGAUGAAUUUAUAUAUGUAAAAUCCUUGCCUCGGGUCAAAGGUCGAGUUUUAAGUGUGACUUGGAGUACAGAUUCCAACUUUAUAUAUUCAGGAAGUAGUGAUGGGUUAAUACGAUGCUGGGAUGCUGUAUUGGGUAAUGAAAUCUAUAGGAUUACAGCUGGACUUGGAGGUUUGGGAAGUGGACAGGAACUUUGUAUAUGGUCAUUACUGUCCUUAAGGUCUGGGACUCUUGUUAGUGCCGACAGUAGUGGUAGCGUCCAGUUUUGGGACAGCAAACAUGGAACUCUCUUACAAGCACAUUCUUUACACAAGGGAGAUGUAAAUGCUCUGGCAGCAUCUCCUAGUCAUGAUAGGGUGUUUUCUGCUGGUUCUGAUGGCAAGGUUAUUCUGUAUAAGCUCUCUAGUCAGUCCGACUCAUCUGAUGGUAUCAAUUCUUCGACAAUGGUGAGGAGAUGGAUCUACGUUCAUUAUGUAAGGGCUCAUACACAUGAUGUCAGGGCCUUGACUGUUGCUGUACCGAUAAGUCAAGAAGCAGAUACUUUGCCAGAUGAGAAGAUUAAAAGAGCUCGACGUGAAGAAAAGCCCAUUGAAUUUAGUUACCAUAAAUGGGCCCAUUUGGGGGUCCCCAUGCUUAUCUCAGCUGGAGAUGACACAAAACUCUUUGCUUACCCUGUGAAAGAAUUCACUAAGUUUUCUCCUCAUGAUAUCUGUCCUGCGCCUCAAAGAACACCCAUUCAACUAGUGCUGAAUACUGCAUUCGAUCAAUCAUCAAUGCUUUUAGUCCAGUCUUCGCAUUGGUUAGAUGUUCAUUUGCUGCAUCCCAGAAAUGUUCGCACAUCAUAUAUACUAAAAAAGGAAAAAAGAAAUGUUAACACAGCUGGAGGCUUUGCAAAGACAGAAAUUCUUGCCCGAGUCAAGAGUAAGGCAUCUCGGAAGAUAAUUUGCAGCGCCAUUUCUAAUUCAGGGGUUCUUUUUGGUUACUCUGAUCAUGUCAAGCCUAGUCUUUUUGAAUUGAAGAGGUGUGAAGUUGGAAAAAUAACAUGGAGUGUUAGUAAAAGGAAACUUCCCCAGAGAUUACCAUUUGCCCAUUCUAUGGUUUUUACUCAUGACUCCUCUUGGUUGAUAAUAGCUGGGCAUGAUAGAAGGAUAUAUGUUGUGGAUAUCGCCAGCUCAGAACUAGUGCAUACUUUUACACCCUGUCGUGAGUUGCAAGAUGAGGAAUUACCACCAACUGAACCUCCCAUAACAAGAUUGUUUACUAGUUCUGAUAGGCAGUGGUUGGCAGCCGUGAACUGCUUUGGGGAUAUAUAUGUUUUUAACUUGGAGACACUAAGGCAACACUGGUUCAUUUCAAGAUUAGGAGGUGCCUCUGUCACAGCUGGUGGAUUUCCGCCACAGAACAGCAAUGUACUGAUAGCUACAACUUCAUCAAAUCAAGUGUAUGCAUUUGAUGUAGAGGCCAAACAGUUGGGAGAAUGGUCAAUGCGGCACACUUUUGUUCUCCCCAGGAGAUACCAGGAAUUUCCCGGUGAAGUUAUAGGGCUUUCAUUCCCUCCUUCUGCAAAUUCAUCUUCGGUUGUUGUUUAUAGUUCCAGGGCAAUGUGCUUGAUUGACUUUGGGUUGCCUGUGGAGCAAGAUGAUAGUGGUAUGCUAAAAACUCAAGAUUCAAUGGCCAGGAAUUUACAAAAUUUUAAUGUUAAGAAGAGGACUGAAUAUGGGAAGAAUUUUGCAGUUUCGCCGUUAGAUAAUCCUGUUUUAUUUUUAGCCCAUAUUUCAAAAAAUUCCUUCUUAAUGAUAGACAAACCCUGGCUUGAAGUGGUCAGAAAUUUAGAAGCCCCACCAGUCCACCGACAUAUUUUCGGGACAUAAGCUGCCUAAGAAUUAUUCUCAGCUUGAGGGGUUGCAUGGUGGGGAUAAGAGUCCUUUGUUUCACUUUGUCUCUCCAUGGCUGGGAUCCAGAAUCAUGUAUUUGUUAUCAUAAUCAAUUUUGUUCCAUUAGUGAUAUACUCCAAUUUUUUUUAAAGCCUCAAGUAGUUCCAUAAUUUUAUCCA